AUGCCAGAAGUUCAGUAUAACCCUCAAGGGGCUGUAUGGAAAUACACGUACGCGGAGGGCUCUGGAUCUGGCCGAGUUUUCUUCCACUCCCCUCAGCGCCACUGGAGCGACCAGCGUGCCUCGCUUGUUCUACGACAGGUCAAUUCGACAGAUGAGAACAAGGUGUGGAUCAACACAGAUCCCUCCCUAGUCGUUAGAUGCGACGAGCUCAACUCAUUUCCGACCCCAGAAGAUGCCCACGGCGUCAUUAUCUGCAGCGGGCUGGCCAGAUCUUUGUCCCCAUCGCGCAGACGGGUUACGCAUCAUCGCGGGGAGCGAAUCUGGGUCGAACACACUCUCAACCCCGAAUGCGGACCCAACGGGCUUAUUCCAGUCAUAAGUCUGGAUACUCUGGAACACUUUGAAAUACCUCACCGACACAUCUGCUUUGUGGCCCAGGUCACCCGUUUCGAUGCUCGAGGGAGUCAGUAUUACGGAACUCCAGUAGGCCCUGCCCGUAACCGCCAAUCCAUCGAGCCACAAGAGCAUCAGUCCCAACAGCAGCCACCGCGCAGUCAGGCCUACGUCGAAUGGCCGGCCUCGAAGCCGCAACUGGCCAGUUUCCGGUGGCUCCCUUGCCAUUCCGACGCGGGCGAAGAUGCAAGCUCUUCACGCCACGGCCUUCAGCUCCUUGGGUCCGUGGAGGAACGCCGCCGUCUUUUUCAAACAAACUGGGCCGUCGUCAGCCAGCAUCUGCGAGCCCCUACCCAACCAGGCGAGGAGAACGAUGCGAUUUCCCUUUCUAGGUCAUCUGCACAGGCUGAUACGCAGGCUGUUCGCAAGAAUCCCAAAGAGUCUCAGCCCAGGCCGGAGUCAAUUAGCUGGGUUCGUGUUGCAUCCACUCAGGGUAACUUAGCAGAGCAAAUCGGGAUAAUUUAG